AUGGCGAGAUCUCUAAUUGCACUGCUGAACACUACGGACCUCUCUAUCACCGGGGGCGGCGUGGCUUUGGAAGCGUUCGUUUUGCUGGAACGGAUUCCAUGUGAUUCAUACACCGGGGUCUAUAAUGUGGAGUGGGUCCUUGUUGUCGUUGUUAUGGACGAUGUGCCUUUUCUAGAGAUAAUACGAUCCUCCUCAGUUUCGCCAACCAGUAGUAUAAAAUUAAUUGGUGGAGAUGGGGAAUGA